UGUUUUGAUAAUGACAGGCGUUGACCACCCCAAAACAUAUAGCUAAUUUUACAAUUCCCCGUCCGCUGUAGGUGUUCUGCAUUAGGCCGCUGCCCGCCGGGGGGAAGUAUUUGUACCGGUAAGGCGUCGCUAAGGAGGCGCCGCCAUGGAAAGUCGUUGUUACGGCUGCGCCUCAAAGUUUAGCCUCUUCAAGAAGGAGCUGGGCUGUAAGAACUGCGGACACUCCUUCUGCUCCAGCUGCUUGACUCUCAGUGCUGUGGUGCCUCGCUGUGGCAACACCCAGCAGAAGGUCUGCAAGCAGUGUCAUGGUAAUCUCACAAGGGGAGAAUCUUCAAACAAUGCUGGAAGAUGGUCCCCUCCUGAAAACUACAAAAAACGGGUCGCUGCACUCGAGGCCAAACAGCAAGCACAGUCCACACAGCCUGGUGGCCAUGGAGGGAGCAGAAACAGCAAGUCGGUCCAUCUACCAACCAAAGGGCUUAGCAAAGAAGACCACGCUAUUACUGAGAGGCUUCAAAAGUUGAAAGAGGACACUAAACCCAAGUCCAUCCCUUCUGAAAAGGAGAUUGAGUCACGUCUUGCUGCUCUAAAAGCGCCCAGCCAGCCAGUGCCUUCAGCAGAGGAGAUGGAGGAUCGUCUGGCAGCUCUGCGGGGUCAGCCACCUCCAUCACAAGCUCCUCGACCAGUACACCAGCCUCCAGACGCACGGACUCAGACUGAACAAGCCAAUGAUUUGAUCACUCAGAUGGCAGAAGAAGUCGCCAUUGAUGACCAGCAAUCAAGCCCAGAAGAUAGUGUUGAUAUGAAUGAUCUCAACAAAGGCGAGGGCGCUGUUUCCGAUGAGAACUUGGAGGACAACCAGGGAGCAGCCAGGCAGCAGGAAGCAGAGAAGGAACGUCUGCUUGAAGAAGCCAUGAAGGAACUGAGGAGGGAGCCCCAUUCCCAGGAUCAGAUCCUCCACAUGGCCAAGAGGCUGGCCCGGUUAAAGGGGCAGGACCCAGAUAAAGUCACAGCGGAGGAUUUCAAACAACCCGACAGCGACGAAGAGACAGAGGAAGAAGCCGUGAGGAGAGUGCUGAAGCAGCUCUCGGAAGAAGCGGCGCUCGACGAAGCCAGCGGAUACAACAUUCCCAUAGAGCAAAGCGGACCCAAGAACAGAGAGAAAAAGAAAACCUCUAAAAAACAAACUCCCGCACCGAAGAGCCGGGCCUCUCCAGCCGCUGCCGCACACCAGCCGUCGGAUAGCGACGACGACGACGAACUUCCGUGGUGCUGCAUCUGUAACCAAGACGCAACGCUCCGCUGCCACACCUGUGAUGGGGACCUGUACUGCAGCCGCUGCUUUCGGGAAGGCCAUGAUAAAUACGACAGGAAGGAGCACCGCACCAGUAGCUACGCUGCUCCAAAGAAGAAGAGGAAGAUAUAACACUAAAGAUGUUCGUCCUGUUCACCUCUGACUUUUCAUGACUGUAGGAUUUGCUCUUAUUGCCUCAUAUUGUAGUUCUCUAGAACAGCUUCUUGGAAAAUGAAACCACUAUUAGGAAUCAGAGCUCAUCAUAACACAUUAACUUAUAUUGCCUAGGAUAAGCAUUAAUGAAUACUCUCUGACAUUUUUUGCACAUUUUUUUUCAUGGCACAACCACAAAUUUCAUUUCAUUGGGAUAUUAUGUGAUAAACCAACACAACAUAUGGUGUUCAACCCCUGUUAUGGCCGUUUGUAUUCAGCCACCCCCCGCUGUUGGCAUUUAGUAAAAUCCCCUUCUGCUGCAGUUACAGCGGCAAGAAAUUUGGGGAAUGUCCUUCGCAUCUAAAGAUAGAAAUAUUUCCCCAAUUUUUCUUUGCAAAAGAGCUCUAGCUCAGUCAGAUUGAAUGAAGCAUUUCUCUAAUUGGUUUUGGUCUAAACUAAUCUGUUGUAGCUCCAAGUUUGUGUUUAGAUGUGUUGUUCUGCUUUAAGGUGACCGCCCACCUGUGUCUAAAGUCUUUUGUAGCCGCCAACCGGUUUUCUUCCUAGAUUGCACCUCUAUUUAGCUUCAUCUAUCUUCUUGACGGUUCUGCUUUCCUGCCCCUUGCUGAAGAAAAGCUUCCCCAUAGUGUGAUGCUGCCACCACCGUGUCUCAAUAGGGCGAUGCUGUGUUCAGAAGGUUAAUUUUCACCAGCGAUGAGGUUUUAAAUAUUCGUCCAAUAGUUUGUUUUUGUCUGAUCUGACAAAGCCUUUCCUUCCACAUGUUUGCUGUGCCCCAUAUGGCUUGUAGCAAAACAGAAAGGUAAUGGGUUCUCCCACCUGAGCUGUGUAAAUAUGCAGCUCCCCUAUAGCCACAAUAGCUGCUUCUCUGAUAAAGCUUCCUCACAGCCCAAUCAGACUCUUUAGGUGGAUGACCGUGUCUUGGCAGGCUGCUUUUUUUUCCCCAGCCUUGUAAGAUGUUCAAAGCUUGGGAUGUUGUGUUUUUUUAUGAUCAAACCCUGCUUUAACUUAUCCACAACUUCCUCCCUGUCCUGUCUGCUGUGUUCCCUGGUCUUUAUUAAGCUGUUUUUUUUUUUUUUUAUUUAUAUGUUUUUUUUUUUUUACUAAUGCUGUCCAACAAACCUCUGAGGUCUGAGGAACAGCUGGAUUUAGACUGAGAUACUCAAAUUGCAUAAAGGUUGACUCAGUGAGGUAGUUGGACAUUAUAUAGGGGUCAUCAUUGUAAAAGCAGCUGAAUACAAAUACAUGAGAAAUGUGAAAUGCUAUCAUUUUUUGUCCAACUGUAAAUUAUGGCCUGCUUUGCGUUGGUCAGUUACAUGAAAUCCCGAUUUAAAAAAAA